AAACUUCGAUUAGCCGUUGGAACCAUGGGUCUCAAUGUCUACAUGGAUGUCCUUGAGAAGGAGCGGUCGAAUCAAGAGCUCAUCGCCAUCACUCUUGAAACACUGGUCGCCGUUCUCAGCAGUGAUGAUGAAAAUACCGAUGAUGAUGAGCUGGGAGAGCGAUUAGCAGAGGUUAGUGAUUAG